AUGUCUUGGCUAUUAAAACAAGCAGAAGAUAUUCUCAAUCGAGUCGAUCAACAAGCAAAUGCAACUAUCAAUCAGCACGGCGUUCGGUCACAACAAUCAAACGACAACCCAGUAAUGGACUCUUCGACAGUAAACUUACCGAACAAAUCAACUCGAGAAGGUAACUCGUCGACACGAUCAACUACUGGCACACGUCGUCCAAAGAAAAAUGAUGAUGUCGAUCUCAUUGAUUACCUGAAUAGUUCCACACCAGUGAAUAAAUCAAUCCGUAAAACGACAUCAAAUAACCUUCUGAGCGAGUCAGCACGUACUGCUAGUACACCUAAUUUGAUUGCAGAUGAAGCAUCUGAAUCCGCUGAAUUGACUUCCUCCAAAUCAGCCACCGUUACACCACGAUCGACCACACCCGCCGUUUCUUUCCACAACGACGAUGAUGACAAUGAAGAUUUAGUUCUUAAUGUACCCUCGGUAAAAGACGCGUCCAGUGAUGAUAAUAAUUCCGCGAAUUUCGAAAUUAACUCGCAUCCAUCUUCGAAUUUGAAAGACGAAGUGAUUGCUUCACUUCAAAGUGAAAUUCAAACCUUGAUGCGCGAUAAAGGAAAGUAUGAGCACGAUUUGGAAAUAUACAAACGUCAACAAGUUCAAUAUCAACAUCAAAUUGCUGAAUCUGAUGCACUACUACGCGAUUUACGUUCACGUGAGACCGAUUCUCAUGAAGCGUUAGCUGCAAAAGAUUCUCAAAUUGCUCUACUUCGCGUUCGUCUAAAUGAAUCUGACGAAAAAGUCAAAACUAAAACAUUGCAAUGCGAACAAUUACAAAAUCAAUGUGCACGUAUCUUACAAGACCAUACGGAUGCUUCCGGUAUUCAAUCUCAAGCAUUCGAUUCCUUACAAUCACGCAUAACACACUUCGAACAAGAAUUACAACAACGUACAAAUGAAAAUGAACGUUUAAUCGAAGAAAAACAACUUUUCGAAAAACGAUCAAGCGAUGAACGACAGCAACUUCUGGAACAAAUAAAAUCGUUGGAGAAACGCUUGAACGAUGAACGUUUACAAAUUCUUGAACAGCAGCAACAAACAAAACAUGCGAAAAAUUUAACACAUCAAAUAGAACAAGAUAUGAAUGAAUAUAAAGCUAAAGCUCAGCGAAUUUUGCAAACAAAAGAUAAAUUAAUCAAUAAACUGAAAGAAAUCAUUCAGCAUAAAAACAGUGUACCCACUAGUGGAGAUCAACAAGACAUGGACACACUUAAUACUAGCGACGAUUCUUCUCUCCUGAAUGUUAACCUUGUUGGUAGUUCUCCAGGAUCGUCAUCUGCAACCUCGUCGAACUGGGCGUUCGCUCAAUAUGAAGAAAUCAAAGCUGAAAAUGAGUUAUUCAAACAAGAAUUACAAUCACGAGAGUUAAUUAUCCAUACACUGCGAAGUGAACUUCAAGAUGCAGAAUUACUUAUGCACCAAGCUGAUGAACAACUGCACGAACAAACAAAUCAUUUAAAUGAUCAAUUGAAAGAAGAACGUUCGCGUUUAACCUUAGCUGAACAAGAUUAUCGUCGAUUAAAGCAAGAACUGGCUUAUACACAUGAUGAACUACACAAACAAAAGCAAACUCAUUCAACACAGUUAAACGAACGUGAACGAGAAUUAGAGCGCCUUCGUUUACAACUAACAGCCAAAACUAUCAAUCAUGUCAAUGAUGAUGAAUUAGAAAAACGUUUACAAACAUUAACCGAAUCUUUGAUACAUAAACAAACAAUUAUUGAAACAUUACAAACAGAUAAGAGUUCAUUGACGAUGCAAUUGGAACGAUUAGAGAAACGUUUAGAUGAUUAUGAGAAGAUUUCUUCAACUACACCGAACUCAAUUCAUGCUCACCAACAAUCAUCAAAACGUCAUCUCAACACAACAGCGUCCAUUGCUAUCGACAUGGAUAAUACCGGUAUGUAUGACAAUGAGCACGACGAAUCGUUACGUUAUCGCAUACCGUUGUUACGUGAAACACCGUAUGAUCCAGAUAUCGCAAAAAAAGUGAAACGAGCUGCAAAUGAACUGGAUAAACUAGGAAUUCGUCUGGGAAUCUUCUUGAAACGUUAUCCAGCUGUUCGAUUAGGUGUAAUUUUCUAUGCUAUACUACUUCAUUUAUGGACGUUGAUUGUAUUAUUCACAUACACACCAGAAGUUCAUGGAAAUACGCAUCCACAUGAUAUGCCACAUAAACCGUAA